UUAGAUGAUUUCAUUCUAAAGCUAGAAUACUUCAAAAAGUAUAUGGAGCCAGUUAUUCCAACAUUGUUUACAGCAACAUGGUAUCCAAAUCGAUGAUCAGCACUGUUAGACACGAUCUAAGCUAUUUAAGUUUCAUAGAUAUUGUAUGUCAUGAUAUUACGACACCAUUUCGAGUGAUCGAGUGGUCUCAAAUUCAACUUAUAUAAGCAAAUGAUGUUUGAAAAUUAUAAAACUUGGUUCUAGGUCAUGUUUAACGAUACCAAUUGUAGUUUCGGAUGGCCCAUUAACAAUAACGAUGAAGAAAUAAACAACUCUGUUUACUUUUGGGAGUUUCCUUUCUAGCUUUAACUUUUGGAAGUUUUCUUUCUAGCUUUACUCCUAAAAGAGUGCUUAUAAGAAAUUCUUAUUCUGUUGCUUCUCCUGCUUUCAAAGCCAAGUGCUUUUCCUCUUCCUUCAAUCAGAAGUUUGAACAAUCAACUCCCCUUUUUUUUUUUUUUGAUUUGCAGUAUUGCGAUAUAACAAUGGUGGUAGGUUGAUUGAUGACUAACAGUUUAAACUAUGGUUUAGAUAAAAUUUUUACGCAUUCUAAUCUAUAUAAUUAUCUCUAAUCGGAUCUUCCGACACUAAUUAGUAAUUCUUCUUGGCUAUAAGUUUAGUUAUUGCAUUCACCACCAGUCUACUACAGUAGGAAGGAAAGAGAGCUAAAACUCAGUAUUUGCUUGGAAAUUGAGAUUUGGAGCAUAUUGUCUUAAAAUUUUAGGAUUCUGUUCACUAUUUUUGCAACUAAGAGCCAGCUUGGUCCUACUUCUGUUUCUGCUUUUAACUAUUAGUCGAUUCUAACGAAGUGUUUGGUAAGCAGAGAAGUUUAAAAGCUUCUGCUGCAUCGAAAAACUGAAAAGUGACUCUUUUGAAGUUUCUGAUUCUCUGCUGCACAGCUUUUUUCGGUUGAAUUUUUCAAACAAUACUUCAUCAAACUGCAACAUUCUAUAGGAUGGCCAAAAUAGGCCUUAAAUUGUGGGCAUUGUACAAAAUGCACAAGCAAAACAUGAAUUUGAUCCCAAACCUAAGAGGAAAGGAAUUAGAAAGUUCCGAGGAAAGAUGACUUUCAAGGAAUUAACAUUGUAGAAGUUCUCAAGGCAAAGAAAGGUAAAAGAUUAUUUCAUGCCUUUUUCCGUAACCUCUUUUAUUCCAUGGAGGCAAAGACAUGUAUGAGAUACUUCUUUUCUAUGGAGAGGGAGAAGAGAGUAGAGGACAUUAAGACUCUCCUAAAGGUUAUCAUUCCGCUAGCUUUUCCGAUAGCCGGUUUUAUCAUCUCCACCCUCAUGACAAGUAGAACAAGUGAGAGAGAUCCAUCAAUUAGCCCAUCUCGAGAAGAACGCGAAAUGGAUUCGCAUCUUUACGUCUCUCAACACGAAUUCGACGAUGAGUCGAGCUCCCAUUGCACUGAUGAGCCUUUCGGGAGUGACGAAGCAGAGGACAAGGAAUUGGAGGCCGCGAACAGCUCACGAAGCCCUACCACUCAAGAAAUUACCGUGAUGGAACGGUAUGAGAAUCCGGACGAGAUUUCGAUCGAGCAAGAAGAGAAGGGGUUGAAUUUAAAUGAAGAGAUUGCAAGUUUGAAGAGCAUAAUAACUGUUCUUGAAGAGAGAGUACACGAGUUCCAAAACCGGUUUCACGACUACUACUACAUGAAAGAGGAAGAAUCCACAUUCCAAAAGCUCCAAAUUAUGUGUUUGGGUCUCAAGCUGGAGUUUUUAGAGUCUCAGAAUCAGAGGCUCGAGCGAACUGUCGCAGAGUUUCAAGAAGCUAUAGAAGGGUUCGAUGCGAUAAGAGCUGAUUACGCAAUGCUGCAGCAGAAGUUUAAGAGGCUAUCGAAGAUAAAUACGCGUAAUUCGCGUAUAAUUCGUCAAGAGGUUUCGAAUCUUAAUGCUAGAGAGAUUGAAUUGUCGAAAGAGAAAGCAGAGCUCGAACUUGUGAUGAGAGAAAUCAAAGAGUUGGGUAAUCAAUUUCAGGAGGAGAGGAAAGCAAUGCAGGAGAACUUUAAAACGACAGAACUAAUGAACAAAUACACAUCAAAGGAUAAGGAAGUGGAGGUGCAAAUAGAAGAAUGUAACAUCAGACAAUUAUCAGGUAAAGAAGAAACAUUAGACCAACUAGGCCAGAUUCGAGGGCGGUGGGCCGGUGAUAUGGAGGAGAUGAUAUACAUAGGAUGGAUCACCGCAUGCUUAAGGCGCGAAUUAACGAUGAAUCAACAGGAAGAGAUUACGAGAAUCAGCGAAGAAGCUUUAGCGCUGCCAGAAGAAAAGGGAGAUCUGCUGACGGUGUAUACUCCAGCGACUGCCGAGGUUCAGAGUUGCUGUGUUGAUUUUGAUCAAGCGACGUGUACGGGAUCGACCGAAGAUGACGGAGAAACUGGGAUAGAUGUUGCAGUGAGAAAUGAAAACAGGGGUUCGGGAAAGCGGAGGUUGCUCCACAAGCUUAAAGGAUGGGCUAAACUGAAGGGGAAGUCGAAGUCCAAGGGAUCGUGUUACCGAGAUGAUAAAAGUUAUCAAAAAUCGUAUGACUCCAGUUAAGAGAUUACAAGAUAAUCUGAUCAAUAGCAUAACAGUAGCCCCCCCAAAAAAAGUGUACUAAGAUUACUUACAAGUACCACAAAAGUAUUAAAGCUGUAAAUAUGUUUCUAUAAAUAGAAAUCUGAUGGUAAUGAAUGUCUCUUUUCUUGAGCUA